AUGGAUGAAUUUGUUUCAAGAAAGCGCAAGCGGCCCACUUCACCAAUACAAGACCAUUCGACCCGACUGCAGAUGAGCGGUCCAGCAAUCACUCAGGAUCAAGAGGAGUCUACAGACGUUAAGCUCACGAUUCUAGCAUCAUUAGCUCCUACGAUCUCACAGGAGGAUCUGCUAGAACUGCUCAUCAGUUGUGACGGCUACCUCGACAAUGCUAGAGCUGUCUUGCUGUAUAGAAACAAAGCGCCCACAUCACCACGCAAAAAGUUGACCUCGAUUGGCCUUCAGAGCUCGCUGGGGUUCCCAACCACCAAUGAUCCUUCGAAAGCUCAGAAACCACUGACAAGGAAGGGUAAGACCGUCCAUCUUUUUUCGUCAGCAGAUAUUGCCGCUCAUACUCCAUGUUCAAUCAUUCACAAUUUUUUGCCGGCCGAAGACGCCACCAAGCUCCUCAAAGAGCUGCUUGCUGAAGCACCCACAUUUCCUCGCGCCACUUUCAAGCUCUUCGACAAUGUUGUGCAGUCGCCACAUUCAGCCGGUUUCUAUGUCAGUAGCUUACAAGAGCGCGAAAGACAGAAGAGCGAGUAUCUGUACAACGGUAGCUACCUUUCGGAUGUACGGGAGCUAUUGCCAGAAAUGAGAAAGGUAUCGUCUAAAGUAAAGGACGCUGUCAACAAGGAGAUUGCCAUCAGAAUUGCCAAACACUAUCCUGAUGGCAAAAAACUUAAAUACCAGUGUCCCCAUGAAUGGGUUCCUAACGCUGCUUUUGUCAAUUGUUAUGACGGUGGAGCAGAGUCGGUGGGAUAUCAUUCUGAUCAACUGAGUUAUAUAGGCCCACGAGCCGUCAUUGGGAGUCUCAGUCUCGGUGUUGCGCGUGAAUUUCGAGUUCGUAAAAUUGUCGGGCGCGAAGAAAAAGAAACAGAUGCAAAGCACAAGGAAGAGACUGACAGAUCAAGAGCCGAUGAGGAAGGCCAAAUCGCAAUCCAUCUGCCUCACAAUUCACUUCUUGUUAUGCAUGCAGAAAUGCAAGAGGAAUGGAAGCAUUCAAUCCAUCCCUCUUCCACAGUUGACCUACAUCCAGUCUCUGGCAAUAAGAGAAUCAACAUCACCUAUCGAUGGUAUCGUGAGAGCUUUAAUCCUCGCUAUACACCCAGAUGCAAGUGUGGUAUUGCAACCGUUCUCAAAUGUGUCCAGAAGAAGAAAGAAAACCGGGGUCGUUAUAUGUGGAUGUGUCAAGCCGGCGGCAUCCCGGGGAAGCAGGGCUGCGGAUAUUUUGAAUGGGCUGAAUUCACAAGCGAUGGAGAACCACUGUGGAAAUCAGCAUCUGCACCAAGGAUGCAAGAAACUUUGCCGGCCUGA